AGUGCUGCCAUUAAAUUAGACCUACGGCAAAAAUAGGAACUAAAUUUGACAUGAACGAAUUGUUAUAACUCUAUUGUUUACAUUAAAAUUUUUCAAAACGAUAGGUGGUGAUCAGAAAUAUAGCUUUUGAUCAAAGAAAUAAUGUAUGUAAUGUGUCCAAAUUGAACAACACUAUUUAGAAACUGUUUUAAAUUUCGAUGUUAUAAUCGAAAUACAAGAAAUUAAAAAGUAUACAGUAUGUUAUCCGAUUUCGCGAAAGAAAAAGUGUUUUGGACUAGAAAGAUGAACGUAAAUUUGGUAAAAUUUAUUCAAAGUAGGCCAAAUAUAUGGAAUCCGAAACAUCCCAAGUAUACCUCAAGUGAUUUAAAAGAUCAGACUUAUGCAGAAUUUGCGGCUAAGUAUGGGGAUGAAUUCUCUGGACAAGCAGUGAAAGAGCGAUGGACUAAUAUAAGAUCUACAUUUGCUAAUUAUUUAAGAAAAGUUAAAGCCAGUACAAACUCUCAGAGUGAACCAUAUAAAGUAAACUGGCAUCUGUGGGAACCAUGCCAAUUUUUAGUUAGAGUAAAUAGAAGUUUUAGAAAUGGGGCAGGCCAUGAUGAAGAAAAAACAUCAAGAAAAAAUACACCAGACAUCGAGGAUCAUAACCAAGAUUGGGCUAGUGACCAUUCAGAAGACAGUUUUGCAAAUUCUUCAAAACUCACUUGUAUGGGUAUAGCUGAAAAUCUUUUAUCAGUGUUUAAGGGUGUGCAAAAUGAUGUAUUUGGUUUAGAGACUAGUAAAAAUAGUAAAAUAGGCAAAGCUGUGAUGGAAAAAUUAAGUCAAAUGGACUCUUUAGAAGCGGCUAAGGUGUCAAUGAAAGUUUUAGAAAUACUUUGGAUGUAUGACGAAAACAACCCAAUAAAUCCUAAUAAUUUAAAGCCGGAACUCUUUUAAAUUAGUAAACAUAGUUAAUAGUAUCUUUUUAAAUGUGGGUUGUGUUGUAUUUAUGAUUUUUUUGUAUGAAUGUACCCCAAAAUAAACAGUUAUACAGUUAAAUGUAAACUUUGUUUUCAAAGAAAAUAUUUAUAGUGCAAAUGCAUUAGAUGUGUUUAAAGUUUUUGUUUAACUCCCGACGCAAAAAAUGUUAUCUG